AUGACGCCUAUCAUCCAUCGGAUCGAAGCCUCGUACUCAGCCAAAGACCGCGGAAAUAAUCGGAUCCAUAUUACAAAAACUCUCCCAUAUCGGUUGCUGGGUAGGCCUGUGGUUCCCCAAGAGGACCAUGACUGGUGGCCUUUUGCUAUGUAUCCCUCCAGACUUCUGUGCUACAGGAACUGGGGAAGUCACCUGCCCUUAAUCUGCGAGCUUUACCGGCAGAGAAGAGAGGCAGACCACCUCAUCACAGAAUAUUCUACAGAGGCAUGGAAAAGAUUGCUGUCGUGGGAAGAAGAGUUCAUGCUCCGACGGAAUCCAUAUUUUGACGGACCCUUGAUCCUUUUAGAACAAGAGACGUACAACCUUGAGCGUGGCUUUCUUUUGUUUGAGUCUUGGAGACUUGGCAUGUAUUCAGGUGGCCCGGAUAAGUUCUAUGGUCUCGGUUCACUCAAGGAUUAUAGCAGUCGCCAGGUCCUAGCACAGCGCUGGGACUCCUUUGGUACCGGAAUUCACAGAUCUCGUGAUUGUGGCUACCUCGAUUCGAUACUGGUUUUUGUGUUUCGCAAAUUCAGAGUCUUAGUACACCUGGUCUCACAACAGCUCCAGAAAGAUCCCUCCAAGUCACCGACCAUGUCAAGCACUCGGAAUAAUCCAACAUCGGAGUUCUUACGCAGAACCUACGACAGAUGA